AUGGGUUCUUCGUAUAUCGUUGGCACCAGUUUUGCCAUUCUUGUCACCCAAACAGUGAUCGCUUGUUUCAAGUUUGAAAAUUGGAUUUAUAUGUUCUGCUCGGUUGUCAUUCCAUCGAUUCUCAUGUUUGUUGUCCUCAACGAAUGCCCAGAAUCGCCAAAAUUCUCUUAUAUACUAAAAGGCGAUCAAACUCGGGCUCAAAAUGCAUUACAAAAAUUAAGAGAGAGUUCUGAAGUAAACGACGAGUUGUAUGAAUUGAAAGUCGAAUACCAGGCCAUUGAACGCAACACUCGAUUCGAGUUUUAUUAUCUCUGGAAUGACUCGAAGAUUAGAAACGCUUUGUUUAUAUCAAUAAUUGUGGCGAUGAGUAGACAUAUGACCGGAAUAUCUGGAGUUCAAGUGUUGGCCGAAUCUAUUUACAAGAAAAUGAUGAUUUCCGAGAAGAGUCAGUCAUAUCUAUCGAUCGCACUUCUUGUGGUCUCAUUCAAGACGUCUCUAAUAUUUGCAUUUCUGGUCGAAAGACUGGGCCGAAGAACUCUAUUACUGAUAGGACUGUUGGGAUUGUUCUGCGCUCUGGUAUUCCUCUCAUUCUGUUUGGCUCUUCGGGAAGAUCUGGAAGCUCUUAAUUACCUAAAUCUCAUCACUCUAUUCCUGUAUAUCAUUCUCUACUCGUGUGGACCCUAUUUUAUACCGCAUUUCUUUUUCGCUGAAUUAUUCCGGACUAAUUACCGGGCCAUUGGCGCCACCGUUUCAGUCGUCACCAUAUAUUUAGUCCCUCUUCUCAUCUCAUUUUGUUUUAUCUCAAUUCAGUUCCCGAAACUAAAGGAAAGACAAUCGAAGAAAUAG